UGUGAAAAUGCAAGUUUGACACAGAAAGAUUUAUGUUAUGACAUAUUGGCUUCAACUCACUGCCUGGUUGUACAUUCAACUACUCAGAAGGGGUGUGCAUCUCUCCUAUCUAAGUCUCUCCUAUCUAAGUCAAUACAUGGGCUACCAUAUGAUUAAGGGAUACUGUAUUUCAGUAUGGAACAGUUUGGUUUGAUUUUGAUGCAAUCUCAUACAGUUCUUAACCUCUGUCUAAUGUAGACAUUAAUUCUAAAUUAAAAUAAGCCAGUUCUAUAAAGGUUAUAUUGCUCUCGUUCAAAUACAUAUAUUUUAUAAAAUACCAGGGAAUAACAAGUGUUUUUUUUUCCUUUAUGGCAUUGUACUUUUCUUUAUUCUAUUUAAAUAAAAUGGAAACAAAUAAUGCAUCAAAGAUGGGCAUUUGUUAGGCUUAACUGUAAUAGAAACAGUUAAUCAAAGACCAUUGGAUAAGGGUAUCCUACCUUUGAUGUAAGCUGACGUACAACAUAGGGAGGGAAGCUUUCAUAAACUCUAUAUAAACAUUUAAACACACAUCCAUAUGCCAACAUAGACACUUGAGGGAUGGAGAUCUCUGUUCUUUUAAUUGGCUUGAUGCUGUCUCUGGGUUUACGUGAGCUGAAUUCAGCUCUUGAUGGUCUGAAACAAGGGGCUGGGCUUACUGAGGAUAGAACUGUUGCUGGGAUCAGCAGUGAGUCCUCAUCAGUGAAAUGUAAGCUCCAGGGUACAGCUCGUCUACCUGCAUUCUCAAUGGAUGGUGACUACGUUAUUGGGGGUGUUUUCUCCAUACACAACUACAUGCAAACAGUGAAGCAUAACUACACCAUCAUGCCUGAGCAACUAAAGUGCACAGGGAGCAUUGACUCCCGUGAAUUGCGCUUCUCACGUGCAAUGAUCUUUGCCAUCGAGGAGAUUAACAACAGCACAGAGCUGCUGCCAGGAAUUCAACUUGGUUAUCAGAUCCAUGACUCGUGUGCCUCAGUGUCCCUGGCGAUGCAUGUGACGUUCCAGCUUUCAAAUGGCCUGGACCCGGUGUUUUACACUGGUGACAACUGCUCUCAAUCUGGUAUGGUGAUGGCUAUUGUCGGUGAGUCUGGGUCCACGCCAUCCAUCAGCAUGUCGCGCAUCAUUGGGUCCUUUAACAUUCCUCAAGUGAGCCACUUUGCCACUUGUGCAUGCCUGUCUAAUAAGCAGCAGUACCCAAGUUUCUUCAGAACAAUCCCUAGUGACCAGUUCCAGGCUGAUGCGCUGGCCAAGCUGAUAAAACACUUUGGCUGGACUUGGAUAGGUGCUGUCCGGUCGGAUUCAGAUUAUGGCAAUAAUGGCAUGGCGUCUUUCCUGGAGGCAGCACAGAAGGAGGGGAUCUGUGUGGAAUACUCUGUAUCUUUCCAUCGAACCCACCCACGUAGCAGGAUCCAGAGAGUGGCUGAUGUUAUCCGCAGGUCGACAGCUAUAGUUGUUGUUGCAUUUGUAGCCUCUGGAGACAUGAAGAUCCUGCUCAAGGAGAUAUUGCAAGAGUCUUUUCCACCUCGCCAGUGGAUAGGCAGUGAAUCCUGGGUAACCAACCCUGACAUGCUGAAGUUCAGCUUCUGUGCUGGAGCCAUUGGAUUUGGCAUUCAGCAAUCUGUCAUCCCAGGUCUGAGAGAAUUCUUGCUCGAUCUCUCUCCCUCUAAAGUGGCUGCCUCUCCAGUGCUUACUGAGUUCUGGGAGGGUGCAUUCAACUGCAGGCUGGGAAAAAGUGCAGUCAUAGACGUGAGUGUGUGUGAUGGAACUGAAGACAUACAGACGCUCCAGAGCCAGUACACUGACACAUCUCAACUCCGAAUCACUAACAUGGUGUAUAAGGCUGUUUAUGCAAUAGCACAUGCCAUUCAUAAUGCAGUGUGUCAGGACACAAAUUCUACAAUUCAGUGUGAUAAAUUCACCAGGAUAGAAGCAAAACAGGUUCUUCAUCAGCUGAAGAAAGUAAAUUUUUCACAAAAUGGUUAUGAUGUGUCCUUUGAUGCCAACGGGGAUCCUGUGGCCACAUAUGAGCUGGUGAACUGGCAAAAAAGUGAGAGUGGCAGCAUUGAGAUGGUGACCGUAGGGUACUAUGAUGCAUCACUGCCAGUGGGCCAGGAGUUCCGUAUAAACAGGAACCUCACCUGGAUGGAGGGUGGUACACAAGUGCCCGUAUCAGUGUGCAGUGACAGCUGUUCUCCAGGAACUCGUAAAGUGUUGCAGAAAGGAAAACCCAUCUGCUGUUAUGACUGUAUACCGUGUCCUGAGGGAGAGAUUAGCAAUACUACAGAUUCUCCUGAUUGUUUCCCUUGCCCCAAGGAGUUCUGGCCUAAUGCAGAGAGAGACACUUGUUUCCCCAAGCCUGUAGAGUUUCUUUCCUUUGACGAGGUCCUAGGAAUCAUCCUGGCUGCAUUCUCUGUUGGUGGUGCCUGUCUUGCCAUUAUAACAGCGGCUGUGUUCUUUCGUCACAGAACAUCCCCGAUUGUCAGGGCCAACAACUCUGAACUGAGCUUCCUGCUGCUCUUCUCCCUGACUCUGUGUUUCUUAUGUUCCUUAACUUUCAUUGGAGCACCCUCUGAGUGGUCCUGCAUGCUGCGCCACACAGCGUUUGGGAUCACCUUUGUCCUCUGCAUCUCUUGUGUUCUGGGAAAAACUAUAGUAGUGUUAAUGGCCUUCAAAGCCACACUCCCAGGUAGUAAUGCUAUGAAAUGGUUUGGUCCUCCACAGCAAAGAAUGACUGUAGUGUCUUUCACCUUCAUUCAAGUUUUAAUAUGUACCAUUUGGUUGGUUGUCAGUCCCCCUUUUCCAAUAAAAAACCUAACCAUAUACAAGGAGAGAAUCAUCCUGGAGUGUGCAUUAGGUUCAGCUAUUGGGUUCUGGGCUGUACUCGGGUACAUAGGCCUUCUGGCUGUGUUUUGCUUUGUGUUAGCUGUCCUAGCCCGGAAACUACCUGAUAAUUUUAAUGAAGCCAAGCUUAUCACAUUCAGCAUGCUGAUAUUCUGUGCAGUCUGGAUCACCUUUAUCCCAGCGUAUGUCAGCUCUCCUGGGAAAUUUACAGUGGCUGUAGAGAUAUUUGCCAUAUUGGCCUCUAGUUUUGGACUAAUAUUGUGUAUAUUUGCUCCGAAGUGUUUCAUCAUAUUGUUUAAGCCAGAGAAAAAUACCAAGAAACAUCUAAUGAACAAAAAUCAGUCCAAAGACAUCUGAGGUUUGGAAAUAGUUUUAAUGGCAACAUAUACUACAGAGCUCAUGUUGUGCACAUUCUAUGUAGUCUCCAUCUAAUGUAUUUAAAUAUAUACAUCAUCCAUUUUUUUUUUACGUUACUUAUUUUUUUAUUUUAACAUCAUUGAUGUUUAAGAAUAUUUUUCCAUCAUGUGAUGGAUAUAAAUUGAAUAAAUAAAGUCACACUUCAUCACAAAAGUG